AUGGAGAGUGUUAAGGAAGGCUGGCCUGAGAUGAAACAGGAUGCAGACAAAGAAAUUAGACAGUACUGGCAGUACAGGGAUAAGAUCACUACAGAAGGUGGCCUACUCUUAAAACUACAGAAGGUGAUCAUUCCUAGCUCAAUGAGAAAACUGAUGCUGGAGAAACUCCACCAGAGCCACCAUGGAGUGGAAAAGACCAAGAGAUUGGCCAGAGAUGUGCUGUUCUGGCCAGGCAUGAACGCUGAUAUAGCAGAGCUGCUUGAAAGAUACUAUUACUCAAACUACUUUGAAAUCAACAAGCUGACAAGUACCUCCAGCAGAGCAGUCAUAGCUAUAUGUAAACAGCAGUUUGCACGGCAUGGUGUCCCAGAUGAAGUGAUUACAGACAAUGGACCCCAAUAUGCCAGUGCAGAAUUCCACCAAUUCUGUGUCGAAUAUGGAGUGACACACAAGACAUCCUCUCCCAGAUAUCCACAGAGUAAUGGGAAAUCAGAAAAAGCUGUGCAGCUAGCUAAAAAUCUCUUAAAGAAGUCAGCAGAUGAUGGUCAAGAUGUUCAUCCUGCUCUUCUGGCAUACAGAAACACGCCAGGAGACGGCCUUCCCUCGCCUGCACAGAUGCUGAUAGGCAGAAGGACGAAGACAACUAUUCCUACAUCAGGGAGACUCUUGCAGCCCAGCCCUGUAAGCCGAGAGGACAUCAUGGACAGAAAGAAAGAGCUGCAAAGACGUCAAAAGCGGUUCUAUGACAAGGGCACAAAAGACCCUUCUGUGCUCGAACCUGGUGAUAUGGUGACAUACCAAGACGGCAAAGUAUGGCGACCAGCUGUUGUCAUAAAAAAAGAUGAAUCACCCCGCUCAUACAUCAUUGAAGGAGAAGGAGGAGUGCAUUAUCGAUGA